CAACAAACACUUAUGGCAUAACACAUUAACACCAACCAUUUGUCACCUCUUUCAAAAGCUUCUUCAAUGGCAAAAUCACAUGAAAAUGAGCAUCCGAUCAAGGCCUAUGGUUAUGCUUCUCGAGACACUUCCGGUGUUCUUUCUCCAUUCACUUUCUCUAGAAGGGCUACUGGUGAUAAAGAUGUGAGGUUUAAAGUUUUGUAUUGUGGAAUUUGCCACUCUGAUCUUCACUUUGCCAAGAAUGAAUGGGGGUUCACUACUUAUCCUGUUGUUCCUGGGCAUGAGAUCGUGGGUGUGGUGACCGAAGUGGGCAGCAAAGUCGAGAAAUUCAAAGUUGGCGGCUAUGUGGGAGUUGGAUGCUUGGUGGGAUCCUGCAGAUCAUGUCAAAGUUGUGCCAGUGAUCUUGAAAACUACUGUCCGAAACAGAUUCUAACUUACAGCGUCCCCUACCAUGAUGGCACGCUUACAUAUGGUGGGUACUCAGAUCACAUGGUGGCCGAUGAGCAUUUUGUUCUUACUUGGCCGGAGAAUUUGCCACUUGAUUCCGGAGCACCGUUGUUAUGUGCUGGCAUCACAACUUACAGCCCGCUGAGACACUUUGGACUAGACAAGCCUGGUGUGAAGGUGGGUGUGGUUGGUCUUGGUGGGCUUGGUCAUGUUGCUGUCAAGUUUGCCAAGGCUUUUGGGGCCGAAGUUACCGUUUUCAGUACCACCCCGGCUAAGAAGCAAGAGGCACUUGAAGGACUUAAAGCUGAUCAUUUCAUAGUCAGCAAAGACCCUGAGCAGAUGCAGUCUGCUGCGAGUUCAUUGGAUGGAAUAAUCGACACUGUCUCUGCGACUCACCCGCUUGGACCAUUACUUAGUAUGCUUAAACCACAUGGGAAGCUUGUUCUUGUGGGUGCGCCAGAGAAGCCACUUGAGCUUGCUGCAUUUUCUAUAAUCAUGGGGAGGAAGAUCGUUGCUGGUAGUGCGAUCGGAGGGAUAAAAGAGACUCAAGAAAUGCUUGAUUUUGCCGCAGAACAUGGUGUGACUGCAGAUAUUGAGCUAAUUCCCAUAGAUUAUGUAAACACUGCCAUGGACCGCUUGUUGAAAUCGGAUGUUAGAUACCGAUUUGUCAUUGAUGUGGCCAAGUCGCUCAAAGCUCCAUAGGUGAAGUUGGUUUGAUAUUGUCUCGAUUGUUUUAUAACUCGAGCAAGUUAAACAAUAGUUUGUUAAUUUUCUCUUUCUGAAUAAAGUUUGCUUGUGACUUGUGUUAUAUGAAGUACAGUUGUGGCUAAGGGGUGUGCAUUAUGUUAUGGUGCUUAAUCUUUAAUUCAGGACUCCCCCAUGUG